AUGACGUCAGGAUAUGAAAGAAUCGCAGACUACACAGUGGUGAGAAGACUGGGAUCAGGACGCUUCGGAGAAGUAUUCCUAGUGAGGCACAAGCACACAGGAAAACUGUACUGCUGGAAAGUAGUGCCAUAUAAAGGAUUGAGCGAUAAGGAGAAGCAACAGCUGGUAAUGGAAGUCAACGUCAUAAGAGAACUUAAUCACCCAAAUAUAGUCAGAUACAUAGAUAGAAUGAUAGAUAAAAAGAGACAGCUGUUGUACAUACUGAUGGAAUACUGCGAUUCGGGAGACCUGGGAGAAAAUAUGCGCCAGUUCUACAAACAUUACAAACUGGUGAACGAACAAGUCAUAUUUGAUAUAGCAUUGCAGCUUAUGUUCGCACUAGCAUACUGCCAUAAUUGUAAAAUAGGAACGAAAACAGGAAAGGUGCUGCACCGAGACCUGAAGCCACAAAACAUAGUGCUCUCGACGAAGCAAAGCAAGGACGGAAAUAAGAGCUACGUGUGCAAAAUAGGAGAUUUCGGACUAUGUAGACAAAUAGGAAUGAGCUCGUUCGCAAAUUCGUGUGUAGGCACGCCGUACUACUGGUGCCCAGAGCUUCUACUGUCAACAACGAAAAAUUACGACGAUAAAAUGGACAUGUGGGCACUGGGAUGCGUGCUAUACGAGUUAUCGACGGGGAAGACGCCGUUCCACUACACGACGACGCUGGCGGAGCUGUCGAGGGAGAUGAAGGCGGGAGUGCCGCUGCCGCUUGAGUACAGAAGCCAGAAGUUAAACGCACUGCUGUCAUGUCUGCUGCAGAGAGACCCGAACAAAAGAGCAAGCGCAAUGGAGUGCCUAGGGUACAGUUUCUGGGCAGAACCAGCAACGGACCUGUUCCUGGCAACACUGAACAAAGCAGACUACGAAAGUUUCAUGAAACACAAAGCAUCGCAAAAAGAUAAAAUGGAGGAAAUAGAAAGAAAUUCGUCAAAAGACUGGUAUACACUGCUGAUGAAGGCAGGAAAAGGAGGAGAUAAGAGAGAAGAAAUAGCAAAAUACAAAAGCGAUAACUCAAUACAGAGUUUAGUAAAUUUGUCAAAUUUCCAAGACGUGUACGGCUCGGAAGAGAGCAAGAGGGAGCCUAGGUACAAAGCAAGGUACCACAACAGGACGAGCAACAUAAACAUACUGGAGUACGUGAAGCACUUCCAGGACUCAAUAGAAAUGGGAAAGCCGCAGGGAGUGAAGAGCAAAGAACAGAGGAGCGAAAAGAGGCCGCAAACAAGCUGGGAAACACCUCAGAAAAAGGAGAAGAUGAAGCACAACGCGUCGAGCGUGGAAACGAGAUUCUCGAGAAUGGAUAGCGACCUGUCGGACGACAGCAUAACCACAAAGGUGUCGAAGUACGACCGGUGUUACCUGGAAGGGUACGAAAGAAUGGAAAGAGAAGAGUACGAUUUCAAAAUUCAGAGGCGAACGUUACACCCCUCCACGUACCAAUAA